UUCAAUUUUUUGGGGUGACUUCAUUAUAUUUUUAAGGGGUCCUGGGUAGAAUUGUAUGUAUAACUCUUGUCCUCCAUUGAUAUCACUCGAUAAUUAAAAAAACAUGGAUUGUUUUUGUGAUGUGACAUAAACUAUCACUCAAAAUGAGUAAUUGUUAUAUAUCAGCUUUUAGUUGUGAUUGUUGAGAUAUUUGAGUUGAGAUUGUUGUCUUAGUUUUUAACUGAUGUGACCUAUAGAAUCACACAUACCAAACGUUGUUUUGUACAAUGCAUCUAAUUCGAUAUUACAUGUAUAAUAUUAUACAUGCAUUCACAACAAUACAUCUAUUUAACAAUCGCAGCUUUCAAACGACCCCUAAAAUUCAAAAUUUGAUGUCUUAAAAUUAAUUUUAAAGUUAGGUGCAUAAUAUAUAUGGCACUAGUUAUAUGAUUGCAUUGUACAAGUGCACAAUAUAAUUAUAUCCUAAACCGUUAAUAUUUAUGCAGAAAUAUACAAUUACCAUGAAUGAAACUCGAAAGGACAAAGUCUAACUGCAAGCUAGCUAGAGAUCCUCAUCUCUGUCAAUAUAUGAACCUGCUUUAUCGGUUGUUAUCCGACUUGACUCGUAUUGGAGCGGAUAUUACUUAACAUGUUCGCCCCAUUCAAUUUUGGACUUGUUCUAUCUCAUUUGCCUCAAUAUCUAUUUAUAUUUCUUCUAUUUGAUUAUUCUUCAAACAUAUAUUCACCUGAUAAAACCUUAAAUAGUUGCAGGAUUUCAUCUUUCAAUUAAUUAGACUUAAUUACUCAUUUUAUUAUCAUUAUCUUUCACUCAUGAAGUAUUUUCUCUUUAUUUUAUCGUAAAAUAUUAAAAUUUUGUGUUUAUUUUCAUCAAAUAACAUGUGAUAAUAGGCUGAGGUACGCAGAAACCGUACUAAAAAAAUGUAUUAUCCGCCCCGAUCCACAUGAUGCUCCAAAACACAACACCAAACUGCGACCAAGUAUAAUCGCAGUCCGGGAAUGCAGUAAAGUGACAAGUUAUAUUAUCAACCCGGGGUCUAGAUCUACUGCUUACUCAGUGAUUCUCUAUUAUCUAGCCAACUAAAGUAAGUGAUUGUUGUUUAAAAGCAAAAGCAGAAAGAAAGCAGGAAUUGGUACGGUUUUCUCAAGCAGGUAAGAGUCACUCGGGAAUGAGUCCCCCUAGCUCCUUAGUUAGGUUUCAAUUGUAUUUCCCUGGGUUGAUUUACUGUUGAUUAGACUGCAGAAGAUCCGACAGUAGCUUGGAAUCUCUUAAGCUGACCAAGCCCUCUCAGUCUAACUACCCAGCAGACGACUAGUCUUCACCGGGAUAGAAAGCUGAAGCAGUAACAACAGAACUCCACUACUGGAAUUGGAUUCCAGUACAAAGCAGUAAACUGGCUAACUCUCGUAUAGACAAUCUCCUACUACCGAAUGAUGAGACUCUAGCAACCUAAUCAGACUCUAUCUAUCUCAGAUUGCAGCAGGAAUCAGGAAAAGUUGAUCAGACUUCAAUUGACUCAAUAAACAUGCAUCAUUUGAUUAAAAUCAAACAGUAAUACCAUCCCAAGUCAUUACAAUCAAUCCCUAACACAUAGAACUAGGGUUCUUCAUCCCCAAGUGAAAGAGAGGUUCUACUCCAUAGAGAGAGAGAGAGAGAGGAAAACAGUAAUCGGAGUAGUCAUACUCAUAAAGAUGAGGAAAAUCUGCUCCGGGAUGAUGAUUUCCACUCCUAGGACGAUCUCCAAGCUCGAUUCGAUGAAACCCAGCUCCAAGAUAGCUUCUAGGAUGUGUUCUUCGUACUUUCUCUCUCUAGGGCUCUGUUUUUGCUCAAAAAGUCCGAUCCUCUCACUUGUGGCUCGAAAUUGGCUGAAAAACCAAGAUUUCCCGACUCGCACGGGCAGGCCACACGGCCGUGCGGCUCACCCAGUUGCCCGUGCGAGUCAAAACGCGGCGUAUCAAUUAGUUCGAUCUUCAGCCUUCCCACACGGCCAGGGUCGCACGGCCGUGCGGGAUUUCCAUCCUGCCCGUGCUUGCUCUCGACGAAAAUCGCACGGCCACAAAUGUGAGUUGCACGGCCGUGUGAUGUCCAGGAAUGCCCGUGCAACUUCCUUAGCACCUCGCCACGUGUCCGAUCUUCGUCCAAUCGACCCCAAACUCGCUCCCAAGCCUCCAUUCACGUACUAGGACCUGAAAUAUCACAAACAAGCACAACCUAGCGUGAAAUCGGCCUAAAACACGAGAAUCAACACCUCAAACGGUGUAAGAACAGGGGUAAAAACAUGUGUAAUUCUAUCACCACACAAUUUGUUAAAAAAAGAUAUAGAUAUUGAAAUACCUGACUCGCCAACCUGUUUUCCAUCACUGUCAUGGGAAUGAAUCUCAUGCAUAACCUUGUGGUGAGUAACCAUGCAUAACCCAAUCUCAAUCCGCCAUAUCAUCGCUUCUUCUCUCUUCUGAAAAGUCUUUAAUUUUCCCCCUUAAUCUUUAAUGGACUAUUUCUCACUCGUUUUAAGUAGAAAUUUGCACAAUUAGAUAAGAUUAAUUGUGAUUCAAAAUGACAUUCACUUUAAUAUAUUUUUUGAACUAAAAAAUUUGAGCCAUUUUUUACCAGUCUAUACUCUAUAUCAUAUGGUAUUGACUGGUAUUAAAUAAGAGCAUACCAUAUCGUAUGAAAAGCGUACAAUGGUAGUAUGAACAUACCGAGAUUAUAGGAUGAUUGAAUACAUGAUAGUCGGAGUAUACUAACUGUCAUUUAAGACUUUCAAAAUUGUGUACCACAAGAUACCACCACGUUCGAGGGUGGUAUUGUGUGGUAUGUUUUGGUCAUGUAUUUUGUUCACUCAGAAAUUUGUAGAUCCAAUAAAUCAUGAUAAACUCGUUCAUUUUGCACAAAAAUUUCCAAAAACGACAUAAAAAUGAAGGAGAUACCAUAUGGUAUGAGGUUGGUAACGAGAGACAUGGAUUUUUUUUAAAAUAUAAAAAUGGAUCUCAUUUUGUAGAGCACAACGAACUCAUUCCAUCUAUGUAAAAAAAAUGAAAUCCGAGUUAAAACGAAGAAGAUAAGAGUCGAUUAAAAAAACUAGGGAAAAUAAAAUGCAUUUAAUUCUCCGCACUUAAAUCUGCAGUCCACUUAAAAGAAAGGGUCCAAAUUUGGUUAUUUAUAAUUAUGCAGCAUAAGGUUAUGCACCCUAUCUAGAGCCCGGGAGUUGAUCCAGUUAGUAACCUUGUGGUGAGUAACAAUGCAUAACUCAAUCAUCAUCUGCCACACCAGCGCCCUUUCUCUUUCCUGAAAAGCCUUUAAUUUUUCCCCAUUAACCUUUAACGGAUGAUUUCUUACUCAUUUUUAGUCAGAAUUUUAAUUUUUUUUGCACAGUUAGAUCAGGUUAAUUAUGCUCUUAAAAUGAUAUUCAUUUUGAUAUAUUUUUUGAACAAAAAAAUUGAGUCAUUUUUACUAGUCUAUACCAUAUGGUAUUGACUAGUAUUGAAAUAAGAGCAUAACAUAUGGUAUGAAAAGCGUACCAUGGUGAUAUGCACAUACCAAGACUGUAGGAUGGUUGAAUACAUGAUAAUAGGAGUAUACUAACUGUCAUUUAUGACUUUUAACAUUGUGUACCACAAGAUACCACCCCGUACCAAGGUGGUAUUAUGUGGUAUUGUGUGGUAUUUUUUUAUAGUGUAUAUUGUCCACCCAGAAAUUUGUAGAUCCAAUAAAUCAUGAUGAACCCGUUCAUUCUGUGCAAAAAAUUUCAAAAAUGACUUAAAAACGAAUAAGAUACCAUAUGGUAUGCAGUUGAUAACGAGAGGCGUUAAUUUUUUUCUAAAAAAAUAUUGAAAAUAUAUCUCAUUUUGUAGAGCACAACGAACUUGUUCCAUCUGUGCAAAAUUUUUUUUGAAAUCCGAGCUAAAACGAAGAAUAUAUGAGUCGAUUAAAAAAAUAGAAGAAACUAAAAAUGUCUUUAAUUUUUCACUUUUAGAUCUGAAUUUUUUGAAUAAAAGACUCAGAUAGUU